UGUCUCACAUCGAACGGCGACGGUGGCGCGCAUAACGCGUGUGUGUGUCUCUCUCGCGCUCUGUCUAUCUCCGUCAGUCGACUCGAGGCGUGUGGAUUAACCGUUUUUGUCGCGGCUGAUCGUGUGUGCGAUCAAAAUUUCGUCGUUCGUCUGUCGAUUUUAUGUUCCGCUGCAAAAGUGGAAUUAAUUGGUAGGGUUGGACCCCCCUUUUUUUCGCGUGUGGAACAUUUGGAAUAGACCUCGCACCGUUGCGUCGCUAGGCGCUUGCUAGUAGUAGGCUCUGGAUGGCGAAUUCGCUCGUGCGUGUUUUCGGGCUUUCACAACAAUAGGAAACACUGUGUGUGUGUAUUUUUUUUUGUUUACAUACGGGUGUGACACACGCCGCGCUCGAUCAAAACAAACAACGCGACGCGUUUUUACGUGUCAAUAAGGGUGGAAAACUUAAUGGGUGGAGUGGUAUGAGUGUUUGGUUGAUCUUUGUUUUUUGUGAAAGAGUUUGACGCGUUUGAUGUAUUUGUUUAUGUUAUCGGAAAAUCGUUGAUCAUAGUGAAAGAGCAGAUGAUAUAUUUUGACAACUUAGUGGGAAAACAGUUGUUAUAUUCGAUAAAGUGUACAUAAACUGGGAAUGCAGUUGACGAGACGCGAUAUCUUCGCAGAAACUAAUAUCAUUCGAAAUAUAAAUAUUUUCCCGCCUCGAAUCUCAUAACAAUCCAAUCGGAUCAAUCAAUACAGUGGCAGCCGAAUCGGAGGAAACUCUUUCAACAAAUCAACUCAGAGGAAGGGUUUCCGAGCUGCGACCAGGGCGUUAAUGUAAUUCAAACCGUCGCGCAAAACACGCAGCAGCCGGUCACAAACAUGACAUCCGGGAUGGAUUUUGGCCGCAAUCCAGAUCAUCAUCACUCGGAGCUGAACAGUCACUCGGCCCAGUUUGGACAGAACCAUCCGCUGGGUGUCCUCGGCAACUUGACGGCGCUCAACAUGAACGUGCCGAAUCUGUCCGGGUUCCCGAGUUUGUCCGGCCUGCAGCACGGGGAUGUGCUCGAGAAGUUGAAGAUGCAAGUGCGUGACAUGAAGGUGGGACUGAUGGGUGAACAGAAUGAUUUCGCGGCUUUGCACGCGAGUUUUGGGGCGAAUGCGUUGCAACAGCAACAGCAGCAUCAACAGCAACAACAACAACAACAACAGACCGGUAGUGGUGGUAGUGUUUAUAAUAGUGGUGAACAUAGAGCAAGUGGUGGACCAAAUGGUGGUAAUAGUGGUGGUGGAAGUGGUGGGGGUGCAAGUGCCAACACUAAUGGUGGUAAUUAUCCGUUCACUUUACCCAACCCGCCGAUCAACAAGGAUGGUAACCCCGGUUCGAAUUCGUCAACUUCGAGCGAAACAUCCACCUCUUCCCAGCAGAACAACGGCUGGAGCUUUGAAGAGCAGUUCAAACAAGUUAGACAGCUCUAUGAAAUCAACGAUGACCCCAAGCGGAAAGAGUUUCUUGACGACCUGUUUUUGUUCAUGCAGAAACGAGGAACUCCAAUCAAUCGACUCCCCAUCAUGGCGAAGUCGGUGCUGGAUCUGUUCGAACUGUACAAGCUGGUGAUUGCCCGCGGAGGGCUGGUCGACGUGAUCAACAAGAAGCUCUGGCAGGAAAUUAUCAAGGGAUUGCACCUUCCCUCGAGCAUCACGAGUGCGGCUUUCACGCUGAGGACACAGUAUAUGAAGUAUCUCUACCCGUACGAGUGCGAGAAGAAUAGCUUAAGUACACCAGCCGAGCUGCAGGCUGCCAUCGAUGGGAACAGACGCGAGGGUCGUCGCUCUAGCUAUGGACAAUUCGAUGCGCCAUCGGUUCAACGUUCGCCCAUACCGCAGGGCAUUCAACAGAUGUCCCCGCUGUCGCUGGUAACCCAUGUCAACCAGCAGCAGCACCACCGGCUGCUGGGGGCACCGAACGUGGGCCAAAUACCAAACAUCCUGCCGGCGGAGUUCGAGCAGCGAAUGCUCGAUUACAUCAAACUGUUCCACCCGAAGGAGAUGAAGCGUGAGCAGAGCCCGGAACAGUUGACCCCUCGAGAUGCGCUCAAUGCGCUGGAGAUGUCCCGGGUCGCUCUGUGGAACAUGUACAACAACAACACGAGCCCACCGAACUCGAUCAACACCAGUCCGCCAGAGUUGCAAAGCUUAUUCAAUUACAGGGAAGCGCUCAACCUUUCGGACUCUCCGCCCCAUCACAUCUCGGUCAAACGUGAGCGGGACCACCCGAUGGACUUCACGGAUCGCUCGAUGGGACGCGAUUUCCAUAGUGGCAUUCCACCGGCAAAACGCAGCAACAACAAUACGAUUGCUGCCGCUGCCCAGCAGCUCCAACAGCAGCAACAGCAACAACUGCAUGGCCACGGUCGCUCGCUAACCCCACAGAAGCUAAACAUGUCCUCGCACGAUGAAGAUGACGCCCGUUCGGACGGAACACCCAUAAAUCUCCGCGGCGAUAAUGGCAUGCGUCACCACGAUGAAGAUAUUCCGGAUGACGAGGAAGAGGACGAGGAUGAGGAGAUGAAUAUGGCCGAAGACGCCCAUCCUCUGGCGUUGAAUAGAAUCACAGAGCACGCGGCGGCAUUGGCCGCGGCACAGAGAGAGCGCGACCAGGUGCAGGUGAAUCAUCUGGCCAGUUUGAAUUUGAGUCUGCUGGAACGCGAACGUGAACGAUGCGAAGAUGCCGACAAGCUCAAGCGUCAACAGCAGCAGCAGUUGCAGCUGGAGCAACUUCAGAGGGAACAACUGCUGCAUCAUCAGCAGCAGUUGCAGCUCCUGGAAAGAGAACGGGAGCGUGAACUACAGCGGGAACAUGAACGGGAAAUACAGAAGCAGCAGCAGCAGCAGCAACAACAACAGCAAGAACAGCAACACAUUUCGGAACAGAACCGCCAAAAUGGAGAUCGUUUGAGUGGAGCAGCCAGGACAGAUAACCACAUCGGUACCAUCGACAGCGACCGUCAAAACUGCUCUCGCUCAGCGAAUGGCUCGACGAGUCCAGGUUUGGGUGCCACCGGAACGACCAUGGGCAUCAUGGGAAUGCAGUUUAAGUUGACCAGCAGAGGUGAUGCUGCCAAAGGCGACCAACAGUUAGUGGUAUCGAUGGAGUUCAACGGCGUACAGUACGAAGGCGUCCUAUUCGCCAAUCCCUCGUCGACUUCUCUAAACUCCUCAUCCUCGCAAACGACGAAAGCUUGCAAAAGCAUCACAAACAUCACAUCCAGCAGCAGCAACGCGCGGGCCGAGAAUUCCGCUUCCUGUCCGCUCCUGGUGACAGCAGCCAACAGUUCUGCAGUCGCACCGUCUUCAUCCUCCCCGGCCGGUAGUAUUCAUAGCAGCAGCAGCAACAACAGCGCCUCGCCCACCGGCUCGCUGAUUAUCUCGCCGGCCAAGACCAAUUCCUCCUCGCUGGGUGGUGACGAACCCAUGGCGACCGGUCUUUCCGCUCCACCCCAAGUUAUCACCCCAAGGCCACCACUAGUUUCCUAAGCAUCCGGGGCAGCUCUCUUCCCUCAGCUCACACGCUCUAUCAUCUCUCUAUGUGCUACCCAGCCACACACCACCCACACCCCGUUCGUUGUGUAGAACAGAACAGAAGUGUAGCAAAUCUCUCGCAACUUAUGCACGUGAUGUUUCGGCUCUCGAAUACUGCAUUUUUUCGCUUUUUAGAGAACUAAUUUGUUUUUUUUAGGAUAAAACUAUUAUUCUAGUUUGUAAGUGUACGCAUUAGAUUCGAUAUUUUUCCUCGAGCGAGAAGUGGGACAGAAUAUAUUUUUAUCAGUGUACAAGUUCGCGCGCGCGAGUGAAAGAGUAGUUCGAUUUAAGCUACAGAUGUCGCUGGGGUAACCCUCUAGCGGAGACACACCCUCUCUCUCUUCGGUAAGCUUCGAAUCGGUUUGAAAUGUUUCGCCCCCCGAUUGGUGGCAGUGUGCGUGUGCGUGUACACAGUAAAGCGAAAGUCUAACUGUCGAGAACCAAAAAUUAAUUUUUAACUGUAAGAAAUGCAAAAAACAAAAAAAAAUGUACGAGCAAUGUUUAACCAGCUGAAGCACAGUUACGAUGUUUAGGUAGAUAAUCUAGACAGAGAUGUGAUUAUUUUCUACAUGUGCUUAAGCAUAACAGGCAACCAAUAUAGACUGUAGAAAAACAACGAAUUUUGCUUCCUUUCGUGUCGUCGGUUACUUGAGGUAUACCGAACCGAACGAUCGUACAGACGAUGUAUAUAUUUAUAGGUGUGAGUGGAAAAGGAACUUCUUGAAAUUAUGAAACUUAAACUUUUAUGCGGUCUUUGUAAAUCAAACAAAACUUAUUGAUAAUAGCUCGAUAAACGAGCGAGCGAGCAACAUUGCUCCUUCAAAAGUGUAUUUAAGAUAGUUUUAAGCAGCGAUUUUACCUAUCUCGUAGUGAAUCCGAACAAAAUUCGAAUUUAGUGCAAAGUGGAAUAAUCUAUCAGUUCUCUUUUCCUAUUACCAAAACCAUCAUCAGAUGGUUUCCUAUUUUCUGAAAGAAAAUCGCAAAACUGAAUGAAAAAUCUGCAAUAUGUAAUUUAAGACAACUCCAAAUCUUUAGUAGACACACUUACAUCGUCAUAUAUACAUACAACACAACACACACACACAUGCGCGCACGCGGAUGUUUGAAAAACAUUCAUAUAUGUGUUCGCAGUGAAAAAGUGAAAUGCAUUGAUUUUAGUUACUCUAAUACUUUUGCCCUUUUUAAGCAUAGGUUUUUAUUGAUUUUUUUAUUAUCAUUAUUAAUAUAUAUUUUUACAUCCGGGACGAAUGAAUGAACACAAUACACAGUUAUUUAAAUUAGUGGAUUGAUAGCAUACAAGUAGUGGUUAUAGAUGUUAGCAGUUAGCAGAAAAGACAUGUGACCGCUUUAUUACAUCACAACACAUCAAUAGAAGCAUGUUAUUUGGAGAGGAGUAAGCCGCCCCUCUGGCUUCCUUUGCUUUAUCAUGGUAGAAGAAGUAGAUUCGAGUUCCUCCGGGCGAACAAAUGUGUGCAUACAGACACCCACACCCACACACUAGCUGUAAAUGUAACUUGAUCAGAUAAUUACACAUACAAGCGCGAACCGGCGAAAAGAUGCAAAAUGCUUCUGCUGGUGGCUAAAUAUUCGAAUCCGUGGAAAAUGGUCUUUGAGAAUGUAGAACAAAAUUUGAUCGAUUAUAUAGAACAAUGUUUUAAGAUAA